CUUAUCAUCUCUCUUCUGCUUCUCUUUCUCACAUGCUCUCAGUAAGCUUGCAUUAAACUGCAGUUUUCCACAGACUCUUGAAGCUAUAGCAGGAAGGCUUUUGGGCUUAUCAGUCAACUAAGUGAAGCAGAUUUAAACAAGAUGGUUAAAUAUGGCCUGGACUAUACCCGCUGCAGAUGGAUUUUGCCUCUUCUUGUGGGUUUAGCCAUGAUCUUUGGCAUCAUAGCAUUGGCUGGUAGGGGCUGGAUAUACUCGCAAACCCUACCAUUUUCACAACAAGGCUCAUUAUGGAGAUUAUGUUCUUUAGAGAGUGGAUGGCAAUGCAGAUCGCUCAUGGAUUAUGCCUGGGGUCAAGGUGCAGCAGCCACUUUCUUGGUUGGAUUUGUUCUUGUGUGCAUCUGUUUUGCCUUGGCCAUCAUCGCAUUUGCUAUCCCGACACUUCGCUUCAACUUCUUGAGAGGAAUAGGAGGCCUGUUGUUUGUUGCUGCUGCUUUCUCACUAAUGGGCCUCGUCAUCUAUCCUGUAAUGAUCUCCAAAUAUAUCCUCUUCCCAGUCGGGACUGUGAAUGAGUUUGGCUGGGCCUAUGGCUUUGGUUGGACCAUGUGUCUAAUGUCAAUAGGACUUGGAUUCUUCUUUUGCUGCAUUCCCCUCUAUGAAGAUCAAAUUUUGGGAAAUGUCAAACCUUAUUAUUAUCCAGACAUAUAGAAUAACUGUUAAGAACAUCAGCAGAGAAAUCUUAUUAAUUUCAUGAAUGGUGGGAAUCCAAAAAUAUCUAAACACUACAAUAUCAUGCCCCCCUCCCGCCCCGCAUUUCUGUGCACCCAGUAGAAACAGUAGAGAGCAUGCACAUAUGCAUACAUACCUUUGAAAUGAAAUUAUUUUUCAUUUUUUGAUGUGGGUUACUUUGCCUUACAGUUUUCUUCAUCCCUAGAGAGCAAAGGGAAGGCAAGUCACUGUUUAAAAUGCCUUUUUUAAUUUUUGAGGUAGAACAGGCAAAUAAAACUUUUAUUGGAUCCUGUCUAUGACUGAUACAUUACCUAUUAAAAUGUACAGUAUAUCUCCACCAGCUCUUGGAAAGUUCCUUUUAAAAAGUAAUUUGCUACCAUUACUCAUUACAAUGUUUGAGAAGUAACUGCUUUUGUUGCUUGCUACAGUGUUGAAAAAAGUAACUAGCCUUUUUGUACUGCUGGCUACUUUCUUGUUACUUUUCACUACUUUUCUCAGAAGUAUUAUGUUCCAUAACAGUAUAGUAUAGAACUUUUUAAAACCUGUCAAAAUGCUGCUCACAUGAGAUUUGAAAAUAAAAAGAAUUUCUCAUUAGACCAGUACACUAACUUCACCCUUUUUCAUAACCUUACUUCUGAAAUGUAAUGUCGUUAAACCCUUGCUACCUAGGGAAAAAAAGAGUAAGAUCUAAGUCCCUUAUCAAAUAUUGUCACCAAAGCUACAAUUUAAAUCAAGUCUGAUUUCAUCAAUUUGGUUGAUGAAAAAAAUGGUUGUAUAAUGCAUAUUUGCCAGAAACUGUGGUUUCACAGAAGCUAGUGAUGUAUUUUUUGUGUAUGUACAGUGUAAGUUUCUUUGCCCUGAUAACAGUAAUGGAUGAGAAGUAGCAAAAUCCUUCUCCAUCAAAUAAGUGAAAGGAUGAAGGAACUGUGCAAUAAAGUUUUAGUGUAUCCAGCAAGGCCAGACAUCAUUAGGACCAAUGAGAUGUCUGACAUAGGUAACAGUUGUGGGAGGAUGGGACCCCAACUUAUCCUUCUCAAGGCCCUUAUACUGGCUCACUUUACUCAGGUGUGGUGAAAGGUAUUAUCUCAUCCCUGGUACAAUCCAACCACCAGCCAAUUCCAAAUCCAUCAACAAACCAAUUUUCAAGACACCAGGGCUGAGCAAAGACAUUUUGCUAAGGCAAAAGGCAGGAUGACAUCCCAUCCCCCUGUCAAUAUGUAGAACCCACUUGAUUAAAAUUGGGUUCUAUAUAUUGACAACUGAAUGGGAUACCAUCUUGUGUUUUGGUACAGGCAACAAAAUGUCUUUGAUUAGUCCUAGUGUCUUGAGAAUUAGGAAAAUGGACUACAGACUAAUUAGCAACUCAUUCUGUUACACCAGUAUUCCUUUAUUCCUCCCUUUUGUCUUUACCCAGUCCAUUUUACCAAAUGAUUCAAUGCUUAAUCCCAAGUAAUAGUCUGUAGCUGUAGAUUGCAAGCCCUUUGGCAAGAACUGUAUGAUUACUGCUUUGUAUUAUGUACAAGGUGUUAGCUAGUGUUAAAUCAACAGUAGUUGUGUUAGAAGUUUUAACUCCAGCCUAACUACAGUGUUCUGGCAUAUUUUUGAAUAUUUCUUUACUGCAUAUUAAAGAUGACAUUUUCUCAUUAAAACAAG